CUAGGUCUCGUCUUCUAUCUUCAUGCCUACUUAAAAAUAAGGGGGACAUUAUUUUGCAAUGCAACAUGCUGAUUAAACCUGAGGUUGUAGAGAAGAACUGGUUUUAUCUUCUCGAUCUGCAACAUUGAGAGGCUGUGAUAUGAUGCACUGUGUCCGCUGUCACUUCCGAUUAAGCCACCACAAAAGGACAGUAUGGAUCCCACCUCUAUUAUGCAUCCUGGCCUUCGUGAUCUACAUUAUUUUCUUCUGUCCAGACUACUCCAAUCCAGGGGAGAUUGUGGAAGAGUUUGAUAAUGGAGUGUGUACGUGUGGACUUUGUAAGCCAAGUAAGCUAAAGACACCAUGGUUUGUGAAACGAUUUAAUGCGUCUGUGCAGCCUCUUCUAUCAAGUAAGGAUCAGGUGAUCCCGGAUCAUGUUCUAAAAUGGUGGCUGAGUCUCCAAGGAAUUAACAAUGCAAGUGACAUUCCUAGGAUACUUGAUCAGAUGUUCAAGGUGAUACCUGUGGGAAACCCAUAUGAAGAAAUGUAUAACAGGCCAUGCCGGACCUGUGCUGUUGUUGGGAAUUCCGGUAACCUGAAGGGAUCACGACAUGGGAAAAAAAUAGAUUCCCAUAAAUUUAUACUCAGAAUGAACAGAGCUCUCACUUCCGGAUUUGAAGAAGAUGUGGGCUCCAGAACCACUCAUCAUUUUAUGUAUCCAGAAAGUGCUAUGCACCUUCCACAUGGGGUCCAUCUAGUACUGGUGCCAUUCAAACUGCAAGACCUUAGGUGGAUUACCAGUGCUCUGUCCACAGGAGAGAUUAAGUUUACAUAUACAAGGGUCAAGCAGUAUAUUCAAGCUGAUAAGGGCAAGGUAUUAAUCUUUAAUCCAGCUUUUUUCAAAUACAUCCAUGAUAAUUGGACUAAUCAUCACGGGAGAUAUCCAUCCACUGGAAUGCUGGCCCUCUUCUUUUCUCUACAUAUAUGUGAUGAGAUAUCAGUAUUCGGUUUUGGUGCAGACAGGAAUGGAAACUGGCACCACUACUGGGAAAAGAACAAGUUUCCAGGAGCUUUCCGCUGGACCGGGGUGCACAAUGCCGAGUUUGAGUCUGAACUCAUAGCUGCGUUAGCCAAAGAAGGAAGGUUGAAAUUUUACAAGUAACGGUGUCUUUCUAAAGCCAUAAAAGUAUAUUGUGUUUUUUUGUACUUUGGUAAUAAAAAUGCUGCUCAUGAU